CUUGUACAAGAGAUUUGAAUUGAUUGCUAAAAUGAGCCUAACCUACGACGCUUUGGAGAAACUUCUAGUUGUAAAGAAGGAGGAGGUUGUGAACCAGGGGAACGGAGAGCUCGGUAAGGUGGAGAAACUGGUUCAGGAGUUCUUCCAGAUGAAGGUCCCCCAUGGAUCCGAGAUACUUGACGUUGCUGCAGGGUCAGGAAUUCUCUCUUGUCUCCUGCAAUCAAAAGGAUACUACAACAUAGAUGCUCUGGAUGAAGACCUAGAUGUUAUUAAAGAGCUAAAGCAGUUGAACAUGUACAGGAACUAUAUACAUAGCGCUGUGAAGGGUGUAAGAUCUACUGGUCUGGAAUCUAAUGUUUACGAUGUUGUGAUAACUGCUGGAGGUUUUGCUAAGGAUGCUAUAAAUCCACUGGAUAUUACCGAGUUGAUCAGGAUUCUGCGUCCUGAAGGUCAUCUCCUGUGGACUAUGAGAGCUGCCCAGGAUGAGAGAUGUGCUGAGUUUGGUCUGCUGCUGGCCAACCUACGGAGUCUCGAGCGCGCCGGUCGAAUUCAGAUAAUCAAGCAUCAACAGUUCAUAGAUUAUGAUGGACUGGUGAGUAGUUUUCUUUUUUCACCUUUUCCAGAUUUGGAUCCUUGUUUCCGGAUUUUCAAAUCUGUCAAACUGGAUCUGGAUCCUUAAAACUGUCCUGUCAAA